AUGCUACCCGCACUGGGUGAGCUAGCUUCAUGGUUCGGUUCCUGCGUGAUAACUGGAGCAACGGAGCUCACCUGGGCACUGUAUCACGAGUUAGAACUUCAUGAGGGACUCAUGAAGCCGUCAUUCAACGAGCAAUUUAGUGUUCCUGACAAAAGACCAGCGUGCAUCCCAGCCUACCGAGCUCUGAUCGUGCCAGGACCAACGGUAUGCCCACAAAUAGUCGCCAAGACCAUCUAA